AGGGUCCGAGAGGCUGCCCCGCUGUCCCUCGACGAAAGGGAAAAACGAGCUAAGCUUUUGAAGCAGUGGGCCGCCUAUAAGCAACGACAGGACAAGGCCGAGAUGGACACCAUGAAAACACUGAUUGCCGCUCAAGAACAGGCUUUGAGGGAAUUGCGCCUGGAGUCGGAAGAGCUGUACCAGGCAGCCAUUCUGCGGGAUGACUGCUUGUUUCCUUUCGACAGGCCAGAGCCUCUGCAUACACCCCCUCAGGCUACCUACGAAGCCCCCGAAGGGAAAUGCAACGAUCUCACCAGAACAUACACGUACUGAUUUGGGUUGUGGGAAGAGCAACACCGCCAGCAAGCGUGUAAACGUGUUAAAUUAUGUUCUACCUGACCAUUCCUUAGAUCUCAAGCACUCGCCCAAUGUAGAGGUUAUACAAAGGUUGUGUACAGACAUGUGCAGCAAACUGCCAUGUCUUAGUAACCGAUUACCUCAACAUCUGUGACCUCACCUAAUUAGUAGAGCCAGGUGCUAUCAGGAAAUGUUGUGUUAUGUGAAGCUUCUACCUUGGCUGGGAUGGUCUUAGAGAUUGACAAGGAGAAUAAGAUGCCAUUGAAUAAACUAUACUUGCCAAUAUUUUUUCCCUGACACAGAGAGCUGAUGAAAGGCUAUUUUGUACAGGGUAGUCCUCAACAUAUGACCACGAUUGAGCCCAAAGUUUCUGAUGCUAAGACGGCUAA